CCACAUUCCUUCUGAAUCCUGAUUCCACCGCCGUGUUAGCCUGUAGUGUUCGGAUUUUGAAACUAGUUCUGCAAAAUUGGUUGACUCUUCGUCUUCUUCUUCUUAGCUUCAAACUCAUGCAUUCACAAGGUUCAAGCUCAAGGAAUCAAUAUGAUUGGGACAGUGAUGACGAGAUUGAGGUAUUUGGCAUGCCUCAAGAGAGCAAUGUACACGGUGUGGAGGAGAGUGGUUCAACUUGUUCAAGUGCCAAGAACAGCAAGCUGAUUCAUCACUUUGUGGGAAUGGGGUUUUCCGUAGAGGAAGUGAUCAAAGCUAUUGAGGAAGAUGGAGAAGACAAUGAGGAAAACAUUCUGGAGACUCUACUAACACUUGCAGCUACCAUCGACGAUCCUAUGCGAGAAGCUUUCACAGAACCAUGUGAUUUUGCUAAGAAAAGUGUUACAACAAUUGACAUAUCUGAUGAUGAUGAUGAUGAUUAUGGUAUUACUGAUUCUGAAAUUGAGGAAGAUGCCUUUACAUCAGAGAAGGAUGAGACCUUGUCAAUACUUGUGAAUAUGGGAUACCCUUUCAAGGAAGCUUUGAUAGCUAUAGACAAAUGCGGUCCUGGAGCAGAUCUCAGUGACCUUGCAGAUUUCAUUUGUGCUGCUCAAUUAGAAAAGGAAAUUGAGUCUCAUCUUCAAGAUCGACCUAACAGGAUACAUGAUACCUCUCUUCAUGUGCAUAAAAGGUCAAGAGAUCACUACUAUAAUGGGAAAAAGAAAAGCAGAAUGUGCAGGAAAAGCCAAAAGAAGCCUUUAGAAAUUGACAUGGAGGAGAUAGAACUAUCUAUCCCAACAAAUGGAUUUAGCAUAGCAAAAGGACUCUAUCCCAGGGUUGUAAGAAAGAUCCCAGAUAAACUAGCAGGUCCACCAUACUUUUAUUAUGAAAACGUCGCUAUUGCUCCUGUAGGAGUUUGGAAUAAAAUCUCAAAUUUUCUAUAUGGGAUUCAGCCAGAGUUUGUUGAUUCAAAAUUAUUUUGUGCUUCAACAAGAAAAAGAGGGUAUAUCCAUAAUCUCCCCACUGAAAACCGUUUCCCAUUGCUUCCUAUCCAACCCCUUACUGUCCAAGAGGCUUUGCCUAACACCAGACAGUGGUGGCCUAAAUGGGAUCGAAGAACACAGCUCAAUUGCCUUCUAACAAGCAUUGGAGCUGCCACAGUGACAGAGAAAAUAAGAAGAGACCUUGAAGAGUGUGGUGCUGAAACUCCUCCUCCAAAUGUCCAAGACACUGUGCUUAAACUGUGUAAAAAGUGGAACUUGGUUUGGGUUGGGAAAAACAAGGUGGCAACCCUUGAACCUGAUGAAUAUGAGAUGCUGCUGGGAUUCCCAAAGGAUCACACUAGAGGUGGAGGAAUCAGCAGAACAGAUAGAUACAAAGCACUUGGGAAUGCCUUUCAGGUUGACACAGUUGCCUAUCAUCUUUCAGUAUUGAAGGAUCAAUAUCCAAAUGGCGUUAAUGUUCUGUCCCUCUUCUCUGGCAUUGGAGGUGCUGAAGUGGCUCUUCAUAGGUUAGGAAUAAAGCUCAAGAAUGUAGUGUCCGCGGAAAUAUCUGAAGUCAACAGAAACAUCCUUCGCUGUUGGUGGGAACAGACAGAACAAAGGGGUAACCUAUUUGAGGUUGAAGAUGUACAAAGGGUGACUUCAGAGCAUAUAAGCCAUUGGAUAAACCGUUUUGGUGGAUUUGACCUUGUCAUUGGUGGGAGCCCAUGUAAUAACCUUUCUGGUAGUAACAGAGUCAGUAGAGAUGGCUUGGAAGGGGAGCAUUCCUCACUCUUUUAUGAAUAUUAUAGGAUUGUUAAUGAAGUAAUGCAAGCACAACGAUAAUGUGUUGUGUGCUUUUGAUAGUGGAAAAAGAGCGGAUUCCCACUUAAAGGAGGGCGAAAGUUACUUGAAUAUUAAGACUACUAUUACAUUUCAUUUUUAUAUGGGACAUGAUUCUUUCAGCACUAUGUCUACGCAU